AGGCAACAGUGCUGCUAGAUCACAAGCAGGCAACAUCUAGAGUUGAAGUAAAUUAGGAGCUCCUCUAGUUCAAGGUCAGAAUUUGAAUUAAGGUGCCAGAGCCAAGGGAGUUUCCUGUUCCCUUAUGAAAGGGCUUCUUGAGGCUGCAGCACGCCAGCAGAUGGUGUCUUAGAGGCAGAGGUUCUUUGCUCCGUUUAUUCCGCUGCAGUGGCGGCUCUUGCUGUGCAGCUCUUGUCCUGCACGUGCUUGGACUGGGCACACACAGCCCUGAAUUCACGCUGCCAUCCCAUUGUCCUCCCAGCUCCAGGGUGGAGCCUGCUGCCUGGGAUUUCGUUUUGGCUUUCAGCAAGUAAAGGGAUUUGGAGUCUAUCAAUCAUCUCAGAAAAAAAACCUGGCUCUUCUGUAUGCGCUGCAGUGAUACAUGCAUAUGUAUACCUAUUUAACAAUUCCUACGCUGUGAAAUACUGAAGUGUAAAAUGCGAAGGAAGAUUCGAGCCCCACGCUGCGGUCCAAGGUGCCAGCUGUGUCUCACGACACGUAGCUGUCCCAGUGCAGAACUGCUGCUUGGUAUUGCACCCGUGGCCUCAUUCUGUUCUCCAGCUUUUGUUAGCGGACAGCUGUUGCAGUUCACCUUAAAACGGGACGGUUGCAUGGAGCUGGUGGUAUCUGCUACACAGCCGGCUUGUGAAUUCACUUCUUAGCUUAAAACAGCAAUCUCGGGAAAAGCACUUGUCAGCGCUGCCGCUUUGUUUCCAUUCGACCACACGGAACGUUUCUGUUCCAGAAAGCAAACCGCGUCUUUUGGUCUGUCGUAGAAUCCGUUCGAAACACGCCAAGCUCCGACACCAUGCCGGCCUCCUCGUCCCAGCCGUGUGCGGACCACCAGGACCCUGACAGCAGCUCGGCUCCUUACCUGGGCAGCGCGCAGGAGGAGGACGCGGCCCAGAGCCUGCCCACAGCUCACGUCCGUCCGUCCCACCCGCUGAAGAGCUUUGCGGUGCCUGCCGUGCCAGCUGCCGGCUCCGCCUACGACCCCGCGCUGCCCAGCACCCCGCUGCUGACCCAGCAAGCUCCCGCCCACCCAGUUCACUCGGUGAAGACUGCAUCGAUUGGGACUUUAGGAAGAACACGGCCUCCCAUGCCUGUGGUGGUUCCCAGUGCCCCUGACGUGCAGGAGACCACCAGGAUGCUCGAGGACUCGGAAAGCAGCUACGAACCGGAUGAGCUGACCAAAGAGAUGGCCCACCUGGAAGGACUCAUGAAGGACCUUAAUGCCAUCACUACAGCAUGACCACCUUCACCAGGACAUGACUCCAGAUUGUUUCACAAGUCUUGGGACUCAGCCUUGGAACACAAGGAAUUGUACAGAAAAAAAAAGAAAUACAGAAGAAGAGGGACAGCACAUUGAGAGCAUCCCCA